AUGGCGGCCACUUCCGUGUUGGCAUCGACGCCUGCUUUGGAGAAGCAAUGUGAAAAGGUCGGCCUCUCUGAUGAAUGGACCAAGGCGAUGAUCGCUGCGCAAGUUGACACCUUGUCCAAGGUCUCCUAUGCAGUCAGCUUACCAGGCACGCCCGCGACUGACACCAACAUCGAGGACUUUGCUGGCAAACUUCGACCAGGUGUUGCUCUCUCUUUGGGCGACAAUGCAGCACUUAAGCGCUUGGUCUUUGAAGCUCAGACACUUUGCAUCGCCGAGCUUCGGAGUUCGGUGCAGGUUGGUGAAGACGCUCCACGCAAGCUGCCGGCUGCAGAACGUGCUCUGCGGAUAGAGCAGCAAGCAGCUCGCUUGAAGGGACUGCCUCUGGCCAAAGGUGCAUGGCAAUGUGCGCACAGCCUCUACGAUCGUUUUGCUCACAUGAGAGAGACCGAAGAGCUUCGCUUUGUCCCACCUGAUGAAUGCAUCACCCGGGAUCAGGAGUUGGCCGGCAGCAAGGCACCGAAGUCUGUGCAGCUGGAUGCAAGCAAGUCGGGCCUCAUCGUGAAGGAUGAGGAAAUCACCAAUACAAUGAACAUCACCUCAGAUCACGAGCUUUACCUGAGUUUCAUGAGGCGCGCCUUGGCCAUGGAUCUCGUGGGCCUCGCCAGCUUUGAUGUGAUGCAGAAGUGGAUCGAGCGUCUGUUCGAUGUGAUGAACCAGGAUCCACCUCCAAACUUCUCCCGGGUCUCUCGUGCCCAGGUCCUUCGUGCGGAUCGCCAAGUCUUCGUCGAGCUGGCCCGUAGAGCCAAUGGAGGGCUGAAAGCCCUCGCCGAUGGCUCGCUGCCACUGGAUGCAGAGUUUCGCAAUUUGCCGGGCAACACUGAGAUCAUGUACUUCUUGCUGCCGACACCGGAGAAGGGCAAGGGCAAAGGCAAAGGCAAGGGAGACAAGCGCAAGCAUUCGGGCGAUGGCGAUGAAGGUGGCGACAAGAAGAAGGCCAAGACCACUCGCGAUCCCGUGCCCAAGGAGCUUCAGGGUUGCCAUAGCAGGACUCCCAAGAAUAAGCCGAUUUGUUUCAACUAUAACUUGGGCAAGUGCAAAAAGGGCAAAGCCUGCAAGUUCGAGCAUGUGUGUUGCAGACCCAAUUGCUAUGGCAAGCACCCCUUCUCCCAGUGCCCGAAAGCCAAUGAAGCUGCUGACGCGACCUUGUGGCUGUCGCUGUUCCUACAUCGUCCACAGAUGAUGUCAAUUUUCCUUGUUCUGCCGUUGACCGUGCUUCGUUGCCUGCUGAUUUUGAUGUGCAAAGCCAGGUUGGCCACUCGUCAUCCGGAAGCAUUCCGUCAUUUGGCUAUUCCAUGUCAGCAUGUGCAUGUGUCCACUGCCACAACCACCAAUCGUGUGCCUCCAGAGGCUGUUGUUGCCUUUUAUGAUGCUGUGGGGACUGCCAUUCUCGGGUUCUUGCGGUUCCCGCCCCUCGCUCCCGGCCCCACUCCCUUGCAUUUGGCACAGGUGGCUGCCGGCUUGCAGCCCCGACGUUCGCACCUUUGCCUGGUGCCUGAGUUUAAGUGCAUUGCCAAUGUUCGCCUCCCGGAGCUGCCCCCUCUUCAGGACGGCAAACUGAAGCACGAGCUGGUCGUGGGUGACGUGUGCGUGCCUGCAGGAUCCAAGCACUUACUCCCUGGUUCUCAACGGGGGAAGGAUGGCCAAGGAGCAAGUGCAGCAGUGGGGGGUGCUUAUGCCAUGGGAGGCUGUGUCGGCGUCCGAAAGAAUGCUUCCAUGUUCCCUGUGUUCACCCGAGCACUGGUCCGGUUCCUCAGGCAUCAGAUCCCCGAUGCCAGGUUUUCAUGCGUUGCUAUCUUUUGCGAUAUGUUACAGGGCAUGCACAAAGAUAUGUGCAAUCAAGAGGGUACACUCAACUAUGGGGUUGCGCUUUCGGACUUUUCGGAAGGGUUUGUGUGGGCUCACGACCCGGCGGGCAAAGUUCACAAGUACACGCCAUCAGGUAAGCUGCCGGGGGUGUUGCACGACAUUGCAAAAGCCCCGGUGCGCUUUGAUGCGAGAAAGUUUCAUUGCGUCAUGCCGUGGCAUGGACAAAGAGUCGUGGUGAUUGGCUACACACCGCAAAGAGGUUGUGCCCUCAGUGCCAAAGAGGUUCGUUAUCUGCUUAGCUUAGGCUUUCCGUUGCCGUGGGUCGACACGCCGUCUCCUACUGUGCCUCCAGUCCACGAUGCACCUGUCGAGCAACGCUUGGAAAAUGUCGCCGACUCUGGUCCCGUGCACUCUAAGCUACCUUGUGCCUCUGCGGCUGCAUGCGAUACCCACUUGUACACCUUCGGUGUUUACCACUCUGAAGCCGAGUUCGUCCGCAAGGCCGUGCAGGUGGGGCAUCCGAGGAGCCUCUAUGGUAGCUUGCCCCAAGCCAUGGAGGAGUGUAUCGAUGCGUUGCUUGUCAUGCCUGAGGCUUCAGUUGUCACUAAGCGUGCGGCAUGGCUUGCGCAUUGGACGGCUCGUGCCAAGGCCAUCCAGGAGAACCCCGAUCCUGAUUGGCACAUCCAAGAUCCUGCAAUGCGCGCUAUCCUUGGACGAAAGAGGCUGCAGCUGCUUGAUGAGAUCCUUUUAUCGGAGGGUUACGGCGAUUGCACACUAGCUAGGGACAUGCACCAUGGUUUUGACUUAGUGGGAGUGGCGCCGCCUUCUGGUGUGCUGCCUGGCAAGGUCACCCCUGCUUCUCUUGAGCCUGAGGCCCUUAGUGCCAAUGCGUGUCGUGCCAAUGAUGCCUUGCGUGCAAGUUUGCGUUCUUGUGGCGAUCUGGAGCUCGAUGAGAAGCUUUGGGAGAAGACCCUGCUGGAGGUCGAACAAGGAUGGUUGCAGGGACCGCUCGAGUGGUCUGACUUAGGCCCGGGGGAGAUAGCAUCACCCCGCUUUCCUUUGUUGCAGAAUGGCAAAGUGCGCCCGAUCGACGACUACUCUCGAUCUGGUGUCAAUAGUUGCGUAACCACACUUGAGCAGCCAACCGUGGACACUGCCGACGUGGCAGCCGCCAUGUUCAGCAAACUCUCGAACGGCUUGGUGCGCAAGGGGAGGUCUGGUGCUCUCCUAGGUAGGUCUUACGACUUGACAUCCGCAUAUCGACAGCUAUGUGUGUCGAGGGAGUCGUCACGCUUUGCCAUAGUGGCAGUGUUCUGCCCAAAGGAUGGGAAAUCAUACCUAUUUCGCCAGCCUUGCCUACCAUUUGGGUCGCGUGCAUCAGUCAAUGGUUUCAUUAGGUGCUCGAGGUGCAUCCAGUGGAUCGCACUCCGGUGCUUGCUUGUGCCGCUGACGUCCUAUUACGACGACUUCAUAUCUGCGUCAACAUGCACUCUUGCUGCCAACACCGACACGACCAUGGCGAUGCUGUUUCGCCUAUUGGGCUGGCAGUAUGAUGAGGUCGGUCCAAAGGCUGACGUUUUUAGUGACCGGGUUGAAGCCCUCGGAGUGGCCUUUGAUCUUUCCGAGACAUGUUCCGGUGUGGUCAUCGUGGACAAUACCCUCAGAAGGAAAGAUGCUCUAGACAGCCUAGUUAGCGAAGCACUUGCAAGGGGGACCCUCAAUCAUUCUCAAUCGCUCGAGAUGCGCGGCAAGCUGGCCUUCGCUGAUGCACAGGUCCUCGGUCACUCGGGGAAAUUUGCUCUGAAGUUGCUGUCUGCGCAUACCCAUGCGAUUCCUUUCAAGACGCGCAUUGCUGAUGACUUGAGCCGCGCUCUGAAGUACUUGAGACAAAGAAUCGUUGAGGGCUCUCCCCGGCGUGUGUUACCAACUGCCAAGGACACGUGGUUCCUUUUUACCGAUGCAUGUUUCCACGACGCUGGUGAUGGUGGUUUAGGCGGGGUGCUGGUGUCUUCCCUAGGUUCGGUGAAGUCGUGGUAUUGCCUUCCUUUGUCAGCCGAUGACAUCCAGCCGCUCAUUUCCCACACAGCCCGCACCGGGAUUGGCGAACUCGAGACAAUGGCGACCUUACUUGGCAUCCAGCUAUGGAGGGGCCAUCUACGGAGCACCAACGUGGUAGCUUUCAAUGACAACGAAGGUGCCAAGUUCGCCUUGGUCAAGGGUUACUCCAAAUCCAUGUCAGUCACCAGGAUUUGCCACGUGUGUGCGACUGUUUGUGAGACCGACAUGAUCAUGCCUUGGUUCUGUCGUGUUCCCUCAGCAUCCAACAUUGCCGAUCCGCCUUCACGCAGUAUGUCCUGCGAUGCCUUACCCGAAACCUUCAAGCUGCCCUGCGAUCAGGUGCGGCGCGCGUACCUUAGCUUGAGGGGUCGAGUCUGCAGUAUGCUCUCGUAG